AUGUGGGCAACGGGCUCCCGCCCGGAGGGCCUGUUUUUAGGCGCUAAGAAGUUCCCGACGGCAGCGCCGCCAUUAAUAUUCCCGAAUGCAACGGGGGAGGCGGAUUUCGAGUGUAAAGCGAGAUUACGCGAGUUGACAAGUGGCCGAAACUGCGACUAUUGUUCCGGCGAGCUCGUCCCGGAUCUGCGGAUCUUCCAGCUCAUUAUAUCCGCUAAUCCGCGCCGCCACCUGGGAUUUAAUCCGGGCGUUCUUUUGUGCCCGCCCCCUCCAACGGCCCCCGACUGCGACACUUUGAUUCCGUACGAAAGGUUAAAGAGCCCAGUUUAUUUG